AUGAGCACAACAACCGAGCACGAAGCCCUCGCGAACGGGCGGGAAGGUGGCGGAGCCGCGUCAUCGGCGAGUUCCUCGGCCCACUCCUGUGGAGGGUGGAAUUCUACAGGCGAUGAGUCCCAUUGCUUCAUGCGUCCAGAGAGUCCAGACGGUGCAAGAGGAGGUGUGCGGCCUUCCGCCCACUACGGCGCCAGGUUAAGCAACAUGGGCAAGAGGCUCCUCGCCGGUAGAGCCAAAACGGCCGUGCGGGGGUCUCCGUAUGUGAAUGUAGGCCUCAAUCAGGCGCUUGGGGAGAAACAGGGAGAAGGCAAAGAGGAGCACGGGGAAGAAGUUUACUGCAACCCUAAGGCACCCUUGCGGGCACGACCACCGGACGUGCAACGUUACCGGCAAGCGUAUUCGGCGAGAUAUGGUCGUUCCGCUGAAGGCAAGCUGAUAGAAGUAAAUGAACCCAGAACGCCACCCCACGGUGCCGCUUUCCCACGACAUCUGAGUGGCCCAUGCUGUAGCGGAAGGCCACAUCUCGCCAUGGUUUCUUGCAGCGGCGACAAUCGGGGAGGAGUUAACCGUGCUGAAGCUAUUAGACAUUACGGCUCCACCGCGCGCCGCGGUGAGGGAGUAGCACAGGUAGACCCCUUUACGAUGAGCGCGGAAACCCUCGGCUCAACCCCAGAACUCUCGCCGCCAUGGAGCAUGGGCGUGCACAUCGAGACGCCGACGGAGGCCGUGCAUCCAAAUGCGCCCCAACGCCCACGGCCGGACACGGUGGAGAUUGCUCCGGAUGUCCCGGUGUGUGUCGCACUGCCCCUUUUGUCCUGCCCUCGGCAAAACUCUAUUCUUCGUGGGCAGACCCAUGAUUACGGCGUACUGCUGCAUGAAGACAAGGAACGCUCUCAGGGGGGGAAGGACCCCUCACAACAAUUGGUUUCCUCCUCCACGGCACCGCAACUCUCCAUGAAGGACACCGAGGAUGAUUCGGUGGGGGAUCCGUCCCCUACGACGCUGCCGUCGCUGUCAAAGGCAGUCAUUGCAUGGUCCGCCAACAUCAAUAAAACGGAAACGCAAAUGCAAGGCCUAACUGCGGGAAGGGGCUCGCCCACAUGCCUCUCAGGAAUGAGGCAAGGAACACCGCUGACUUUGCAUGAGGUCACGGAGGAAAUCGCUACCGAAGAGGCGGAAAGGGUUGCGUCAGGAAGCCGGAUGUCAGGCACCUCGGAGGAGAAGACCCCAAACUUGUGUAUAUUGUCGAGUGCUAUCUGGAGCCGACGUAGAAGUGAGCUUCGCGGUGAAUUGAUUUCCACAGAGGAACGCCCGCAGAAAAAAAAGCGUAAGGGAUCCCGGUGGGCCAAGUCUUUGCUGCGAAGGGCGUUAGCCUUCCCAGUCAUGGAGAAGAGUGAUGGUAAUGGUGGUGGCGGCGGUGGUGGUAGUGUUGUUGGUAGUAUAAGUACGUCGCAUACUCUCACUGGCAAUUGUGUUGAUAAUAAAAACAUUGAUGGUAAUUUCAUUCUACCACAACCGCCGCGAACCUCGCUGCUUGCGUACAACUUGGGGCAUGGGAUGGAGACGAGGCCCUCUGUGCGUGCUCUGCCCUCCACAUCGCGGAGGUCGUCGGCGAUGCAGCAGAACCCGGACCCCUCGUUGGCGUCGAGCAACAUGCUCUUCUUUAGCCCCUCUGGUCGGAGAAGGUACGACGCCGCCGCAUUCAAAUCCGUCCUCUCCACCCCAAGCAACCAUCCCCCGGGGGUGGAUCCCGCAGGCGCCAGGGCGAUGUCCCGCCGCUCGACCCGGACGAGUCGGGAUUGGGUAUCUUCUGGCGCCAACGACGCUGCUCCCAGUGGACGGGGUAACAGCUCUGACGACGGUGGAGAGGCGCGGCGUGCCGCGAAGAGCCAGGAGCCAAGGCUCCCAAGAGACCCUUCCUUGCGCAGUGACCUUCGAAGCGACUCCGUAUGCACCACGCGAGAUUUCAUACCACUGAGACCUUUCACAAAUUCGCACUCCGGCAACAGCACGACAGGCAGCAUAUAUUCAAUGGUACCGGCCGAGGAUUCUGAUAGUGAGAGGUUUAGUAUGGCGUCCUUCACAUGGUAG